AUGGAACAAAUUGGUGUGGCCCUUCAAGAAACACUCGAAUCGAAUGCGGCGGUGCGUCGGCAUGGCGAGGAUUCCCUCCGAAACCUGCAAGCUAAUCCCGGCUACAUUAUCCAAAUCCUGCAACUCGUCGUCAACGAGCAAACGCAGGUUGCUCCCCAAAUCCGCAUGGCAGCCGCUAUCGCCCUGAAGAACUUUGUGAAGAGGAACUGGGUGAGAUAGUACGAUGCCGUUCACUGUACAACUCAAAUUGUUUCAGGGACCGGCACCAGAAGUUGAAAUGAGCCAAGAAGACGAGGAGCAGUUUAGAAACAUGCUUUUGGAGGCCAUGUUUAACACGAAAGCCAACGUGCAGGAGGUUCUUUCCUAUGCCCUCUAUCUUAUUGCACAACGUGACUUUCCCGAAAAAUGGCCAGAGGUGGUACCAUACUUAUCGAGAUUCCUGACUGGUGCGGACCUUAACCACCUGGUAGCGUCCCUCACUUCAAUGGACCAGAUCUUCCGCAAGUUCCGGUAUCAAUCCAAGUCGACGGAGUUGUGGAAGGAGCUGCUCAAGUGUCUUCAAAGUGUCAGAAUUCUGAAUAAUGUACCGAAAAUUCAAGAGCAUAGUUUCAGACGCAGGAGCCACUGACCCUUUUGCUUGGGAACAUGAUGGAAGUUGGGUCGCGUCAGUCUCAGCUUUCAACGGAAGAGAUUAACCAAUGGUUGAAGGUUCUGAACCUGAUUGCCAAGGUCUACCACUCCCUCUGCUCUCAAGAUAUUCCCGAAUACUUCGAGGUUGAAACUGUCGGAAUGCUAUCCUCUGUAACCCUGAUUUCAGGAUAACCUUAACAAGUGGAUGCCGUCGUUCCUGCACCUCGUCCAGGUUAAUGUUCCGACUGAGACGUCCGUAUCUGGCGAACCGACUGUUCUCGAUGAAUUGAAGACGGAAAUCUGUGAGAUCUUCACUCUUUAUGCUCAACGAUACGAAGAAGAAAUCGCCCCGUUCGUUCCCGAUAUCAUCGCGGCCGUCUGGAGACUUUUGGAGACCACUGGUCCAGACACCCGCUACGAUACGAUGGUCUGUGCUGCACUCGAGUUCCUCUCGAUGGUUAGUCAACGGCAAUAUUACGAAAGUCACUUCAUCGGAGAAGGCGUUCUCAAAACCUUGGCCGAGAAUGUCUGCGUGCAAAAUUUGCUGCUCCGUCAACAGGAUAUAGAGCUGUUCGAGGACGAACCACUGGAUUACAUGAAGAGAGACAUCGAGGGAACCGAUGUGGGCACUCGGAGACGAGGAGCCAUCGACCUCGCACGUGGACUGUACCGCCGGUUUCAAGUUCAGAUGGAGCCAGUCCUCGUCGAGAUCAUCCAAAGUCUUUUAAGUAGCGGAGAUUAUAUUCGGACGGACAUUGUCUAUUCGCUGGUCACUGCCAUCGCAGUGCGUACGGAGACGGCGAAAAGUGGAGUAACAACGACGAACAACCUUGUUGAUAUCAACGAUUUCUUCAUCGGUCAAGUCGCCACUCAUCUGAACUCUGACGUUAAUCAACUGCCCGUUCUGAAGGCUGACGCUCUGAAGUUCUCUGUGACCUUCCGCAAUCAGCUUGCUCCAGAACAUCUGAUGACUGCUGUGAAAGCGUCGGAUGCACUCCUCUCCUCCAACACCAGCAUUUUGCACAAGUACGCUGCAUACACCAUCGAAAAAAUUCUUCUCGCUGACAAUGGAAGAGUAGGAGAAUCUUGUUCAAUUCUACUAUUGGACUGCUUUCCAGGUGUUCUCUGCUCACAACCUUCCGGUCGCAUCAAUUCUCCAGAAUCUGGUGUCCGCUUUCGAUAGAGAUCCCAAGGCGCAGAACUCGCCGUAUCUCAUCAAGGCCAUUCUGAGAACAAUCGUGAUUCUGGACGACGAGACAAUCCGUCAUGCUGAUGCGAUUGCUACGAAGUUGGCUCAGUUGGUCGAGUCGGCAACCAAAAAUCCAGCCGAUUCGGUGCACACUCAUUUCCUGUUCGAAACUAUUUGUGUACUGGUCACCAAGGUUAGUAACUGAACAGUAACCCACUCGACUCCGGAAUGUUUCAGACGAAGACCAUCGGAGCUUCCCUUGAUGCGCAGCUGCUUCCCUUGAUCGAAGUGAUCUUCAGAGAAGACCUCGAAGACUUGAUUCCAUACGCUCUGCAAAUCACCGGUGUUCUGGUCUCCUCGUGCAUUGCUCGCAACGCCUCAAUCGAUCAGUUCUCCGCUUUCCUGCCGUUCUUGCUCUCCGAACGACUUUGGGCUCGAUCUGCGAACGUACCGGCUGCUCUUUCGGUGCUCGAAGUGAUUCUCUCCGUUAACGCUCAAAAUGUUGUCUCAUCCAACUCUAACCUCAUCCUGCAACAUCUUUCUCGACUUCUUGGCUCGAAAACUCUGGAUCAAUACGGAUUCCAACUGGCCGCUGCCAUUCUGCCGUCGAUCGAACACUUCGAAGGCAGCGCAAUGACGUUCUUACUGAAUACAAUGUUCCGACGAGUGCAAUCGUCGAAAACGCCCAAGUUCAUGAAGUUAUUCGUCGUGUUUCUCUGUAGAUUCACGAUCUCGAGAAGUGCGCAGGACUUGGUCAGAUCGUGCGAAAACAUCCAAACCGGAAUGUUCGGAAUGCUCAUCGAACGUGUCGUUUGCAACGAACUGCCAGGACUCAAGCAGUCUACGACCAUUCCAGAAAAACGUAUCAUCGCCAUCGGAAUGGCUAAUCUGUUGGCUGACGUUACUCAGCAGAUCAGGCAUGUCUUUAUAGGAAACUGAUCUCUCAUCGCGUCCAUUUUCAGCGGUCAAUACGGAAUAUUGUCCUACGAAACAGCGAUGCUUCUGGAGGCGGCGUCUGCCAGUGACCGUGCUGUUCUCUCCCCGGAAGAGGAGCAGGCAGCGAUGUACAACGCGGAGGGAGAGUUCGUCAACCCGUUCUGCCGUCUCAGUUACGCUCCGAAACCAGCACCGAUUGCUCCGACCAUCUCCAACCACAAAGGUUCCGUCCCCGUCUUCUUAUGUGUUCUCAUUCGUCUUUUUCAGCUUACUUCGCCCAAGCGGUUCUCGUUCGUGGCCCGAGCAGUGUUCCAGACGUGAUUCGUGCCGUUCCACCCGAGAUUGUCACUUACCUGAACUCGAUCCAACCCUAA